AUGCUUUUUCUGUCCGUUCUGUCACUCUUAUGUUUUCGAAUAUGUGUGGGACAUUUCAACUUGCUGAUCUCCAAAGGCGAGAUGAACAGAACUCUCGGUUUAAACGCAGAAAUGAGCUAUGUAGAGAACGGAGUGGUUAAUGCGUAUUCCACAAAGUUUCCUCUGCGAGUGAAUGCCGAUGUAAACUUCGUUACUUUCACUUGGAGUUCUACUGCAUCCGUCAUCUAUGCGAUUAUAAUAGAAUCUGAGGACACGAAUGUAGUCCCAGUUUUGCGCAUCCCUAGUCAUGGAAGUAUUCCCCAUAGUACGCAAGACUUCAUCGUCGAGUAUAGAUGCGCAGGUUAUCGGUCUGGACAGUUUAUUGUCUCUAUGUACUUCAACUUUACUAUCCAGAACGGAGAUUCGCAAUCUGUGAGAUUGCGUCAAGAAAAACUGUGUACUUCUAGAGAUGGAAGAAGAGGACUGGCAUAUAUGGUAUCAGGUGUGGAUGGUCUUGAGCAGGAGACUGUCGAUGGAACUGAAAAAGUUUUCUAUUUGAUCAUUACGAUUGCUUCUCUCUUCCUUCUUAUUAUUGGGAUCCUUUUGUUCACCUACUUCAGGAAAUCGAAGAAAGAAGUGCCAUGCUCUACUCCUAGAACACGCACUCCCAUAUGUCGCUUACCAACAUCUUUCCGAUCUUCGAUUCGCACAGCGCGUUCAGGAACAUCUGCUCAGCCUUUUUUGACUUCGACUCCUGUGAAAGAUGCCUUAUGCUCAUCUGGUUCCCUCCUCGGAACAGCUUCGAACCUAUCUAGCGCAUUAUCUUCAACGAAGGAAAAUAAUGUAGUUAAAGACAAGCCGAGCAACGUUGACGUAAGAAAAGCACUGGUGUCGCUGCAUGCUGAUAGAGAACUUCUUCAAAUGUUGCCAUUUGUAGAUAUGGAAGGAACCUUUGGUGAGAUUCGUUUUGCCAUUUGGAGACAAACGGAAGAUCCUACGAAUGGAGACGUUGAUGAUGAGGAGGAUGCACCUUGUACAGAUGAGCCUGUUAUGUGCAAAACAUUGAAGAAAAACGCUACUCCUGUGCAUCUCGAAAAGUUCCUACAGGAUGCACUUGCACUGCAUAAAGCACCUCCACAUGCCAACUUAGCUCAAGUUGCUUGUGCUGCUUCUUUCGGGAGGUUCGACGACCCUUCAUCUAUUAAUGAUCUUCCUUUAAUAUGCUAUCGUCACCGUGGGUUCGGAAUACUUAAAAAGUUUUUAAUGAAUUGCCGUGAGGGAGACCAACGUAAAAAUGCGCAUUUCUUAAGAACUCAUGAACUGGCUUCUAUUGCUUUGCAAGUUGGUAGAGCAAUGGCUCAUUUGCACAAGUUUUAUAUAUUACACAAAGACAUUGCAACAAGAAACUGUGUUAUUGCGGAAAACGGAAGUCGGCUGGUAGUUCAAUUGUGUGAUAAUUCUUUGUCUCGAGAUGUUUUUCCAUCUGAUUAUCACUGUAUCGGGGAUAACGAGAAUAGACCAUUGAAAUGGAUGAGUCCAGAGGCCAUUCAGGACCGAAAAUAUACUAGUGCCAGUGAUGUGUGGUCUUUCGGAGUUUUGUGCUGGGAGCUGAUGUCUCUUGCCUCCGUUCCUUUCCCAGAUAUUGAUGCCGAUGACAUGUUACCCGCUUUGAAAAGAGGAGCAAGGCUUCCUCAACCUGCAAACUGCCCUGAUCAACUGUACAAUAUUAUGUACUGUUGUUGGCAUGAAGUUGUACGGGAUAGACCAACUGCUGAUCAAAUAACAAUGGCAUUACAAGAGUUUGCAGUAACUUUAAACCAGUUCAUCUGA